AUGGCGACAGACGCUGUCGCGGCCUCUAAGCAGGCCCAGUACAAACAAGGGCCAACGCUUCUCCCAUCACCAGUUGCUCAAGCCGUGAGCCUUGCCGCUCGAUCUACCUCGCUUGCCAUACGCAUUGGGUCAGUGGUCAGCAAUGCAAGCCUUGACGCUGCGAGACUCACAACCCUCGGUGGCCUCGAGCUGGCCCAGACGGUUCUAGAGCGCAGCCUUGAAAACCUGCAUUACGCUGUCACUCAGGCUGUGUUUUGGACGUCCGUUAGCUUCCGCCUCACAGGCACAACAAUUUCCACCGCUUCCGCAGGGUCGCAACUUCUCCUGUCGUCAUUGGACCAGCUCUUCGGCUCAACAGACUCCUCUCGGGCCGUUGCCAGCAUUAUCACACUUGUUCGGCGUGAAUUUGAAAAUCCUGCAACAGGCCUCCAAGGGGAAAGAGUUGGCGUCAUUGAUCUGACCCUGGCGCUCAGCACGCUGGCCUAUCUACAGCGAGCAUGUCGCAAGACCGCUCAGGAGGAACGCCGAAGACAGUCAUACGAAGAAAUAAUUUGGGAUGUUGUCGUCCUAGAAGAUGGAGACAGGGUUGACGUCGAUGAAAAAGUGUUUAGCGAGAUCCGUGGAGGCUACAACGCCCAGGAGAAAGAUGACAUUCCAUCAUCACUUCCCAGCAGUCCCUGGACUGGAGCGGAGGACGAUGAAGCUGUUGUGUCUCGUCUCAAAAGCCAAAUCAUAGCAUCUCUGUCCCCAGAUACAACAGUAUCCGUCUCCAACUCGGUGUCUUCGGUCCAGACAAUUACUGUUGACGUUCAUGGACCUCGGCUCCUUUCCUUGCCAACACCUCCAGGUGCCGAAAUCGUCGAAACAAAAUCCAUCACCAAGGGAAGCCACCUAUCAUACUCAUCGUCGGAUCAACAUGAUCAAUCUUCAGCAUCAUCAUACCGGGUGGUAUACAAAAUACACCGCAACAAGAAGGGGACAUCGUCUUUUAGAGGCGAUGAGGAUUACAAAGACGAGGCCGUCGAAGUAAUAACCGACAACCAGAGCUGCAGUAGCGAAGAAACUCUCGCUCCAGGAACACCCACGAUUACCAUUCCUGAUGACCCAUCCCCUCCUGCAUCACCUACUAUGCUUCCCUCUUCUGCUUUUGCACUACAGUCAAGGCCGUCUUCAUCAACUGAGACAAAAAGGCGCCAUAAAACACAGUCUCAUGAAUUCUCGAAACCAACAAAAUCGAGUUCUCGAAAACACAAUUCCGACUCUGCCAAGGCUAUUGCUUCUCGAUCUGCAGUCUCUUCGAAAGAGCCGAUAUAUCUCGAAGACUUGGAGGCCAUGGCAAAUCAAAAGAGGCAACGCACACCAGUCCACAGCUCAAAAUCGCAUGACUCCCAUAAAAAGAGAAAAGGUGAAGCGGUGGUAUCCUCUAGGUCGUCAGAUAAAAAGACGGGCUUGAGACAUGUUCUUCGAGGAAGCGGCCCAUCCAUCUCAACCAUCUGGAGUAAGGAUUCCGGUUCGAUGGAGUAUAUAAGUGGCCAAGAGAAACCAAAGCUUCACAUCAAAUCUCCUCAUAGAGAUUCAGCGAAGGAAUUACGGGCAGGAUCUCCAACCAGUGAUUUGGUACCAAGAUCACCCACUGAACAUCACAGUGUCUACCUUGCUCCGCCUGGCCACCGCCGGAAUCGGUCGUAUGCCACCAGCAUAUACAGCGUUGGCACCAAUGACUCUCAGUCGUCUUUGAUGCUGUCAUCGUAUUAUCAAAAGAGCUCUUACAACACAGCUGACGCUCUUCAUGCCCUUCGACAAGAAGGCUUCGUCGAUGGAACCUUUCCAGAGGGCCACCUCCUCCCUAACAUUACUCGAUAUAUGCGAUUCUCCUCUGCGUGCUAUGGUUCCAACUUCCUCAGGCUCACCGGCGUGACAAAUGAGACGCCAAAGCUUGGUGUCUGGGACGGAGUUCACAACGAUGUUCGGCAUUUCGUUCAUCAUACCGAAUCACAAUCGGACAAUAUCCUUCUCGCUUCAUUUGUCGACCCCAACGGAGGCAGCGAUGCCACUGGUGCCACCGGAUCUGGUGUUCCUUUGGUCCAUUAUAUCUCGCUUGACCAUGCAGCAAAGGCAGUUGUUCUUGCUUGCAGAGGAACAUUAGGAUUCGAAGAUGUCUUGGCCGAUCUAACCUGCGACUAUGAUAGACUUGUAUGGAGAGGCAAAGGCUAUAGAGUACACAAGGGCAUCCAUGCUUCUGCUAGGAGAUUGCUAUACGGUGGUGACGGUCGCGUUCUGUUGACCCUGAAAGAGGCUCUACGUGAGUUCCCCGACUACGGACUUGUGCUCUGCGGACAUUCACUGGGAGCUGGCGUCACAUCUUUGUUGGGAAUCAUGCUGCCCCCGCCAAAUGAAGCUCUUGUCAACGUGAAACUGAGCGACAUCCGACCUCCAUCCGGCCGUCGCAUACAUGUAUAUGCGUAUGGCCCUCCCGCCGUCAUGUCAUCAUCUCUUCGCAAAAUCACCCGCGGCCUCAUCACUACUGUCGUGCAUGGUAACGAUCUGGUUCCUCAUUUGUCCUUGGGGUUGCUGCACGAUUUUCAAGGCGUCGCUCUCGCGUUUAAGCAUGACGAGAACAACACCAAGUCUGAGAUCCGUCAGCGCAUCUGGAAUACACUCCAAGACAAUGUCUCAGAGAGGUGGUACUCUUAUCGCAGCGCGAGCAAAGUUGCCAGUAGCGGCGGCGUCAGCGACGAAGAGAGAUGGAUGCUUCCCGCGCUGGAAAAUAUGAGGACGAGCAUGAAGGGAAAGAAGCUGCUUCCGCCGGGCGAGGUGUUUACCAUUGAGACGCAGCGAGUACUGAGGAGGGAUGCAUUCCUUCUUCUAGAUGAGGAGCAUAUCGGGCGGCCUGCCCAGAGGAUCGUACUCAAAUAUGUAAAGGAUGUAGAGGGACGGUUUGGAGAGCUAAGGUUUGGAACGAGCAUGUUGACAGAUCACAGUCCAGCAAAGUAUGAAGAUGCUCUGAACAAGCUGAGAGUUGGAGUCUCAGCUUAG